CUGUUUCUGGAACCGUACCAUACCGUGUCGAUAUGUCUGAUUCUGCCGGCGAUAAUUCAAAACUUCGAGUAGUCGUAUUAGGAGGGUGCGGUUUUAUCGGACGCAACCUCGUUGAAUAUUUAAUAAGCAAUGACUUGGUGAGCUAUUUACGUGCGGUGGAUAAAACACCACCACAGCUGGCCUUUCUCAAUCCAACACAUACGAAGAUUUUUGAGGACCCCCGCGUUGAAUACAAAAGUGCCAAUCUUAUUAAUCCAACAUCAUGCGCCAAUGCAUUGGAGCCCAACGAGGGGCCAUGGGACCUGGUGGUGAACUGCGCGGGGGAGACGAGAGUGGGGCAGAUGGAGGCGGUGUACGCAGAGGGCAUUGUCACACUCAGCGUCAACGUCGCCAAGCACUGCGCCAAGCUCAAUGUUGGAAGACUCAUCGAAAUAUCUAGUGGACAAAUGUAUAGCAGUGAUAAGCCACAAAAAGAAGACUGUCCUGUUGAACCGUGGACUGUAGAAGGAAGAAUGAAGAGCCAGGUGGAAAAAGAACUGAAGAAGCUGGAACCUGAGUUGAGCUUUACGAUCUUGAGGCCGGCUAUUGUGUAUGGAAUAGCAGAUCGAAGAAGUCUAACUCCACGUCUUCUAUAUGGCGGCAUAUACAAGCAUUUAGGUGAGACAAUGAAACUGCUUUGGACAGCAGAUAUUAAAAUGAACACUGUCCAUGUGAGAGACCUGUGCCGAGCCAUCUGGGUCGUCGGCACCAGAGCAGACACGAAGUGGAAGACGUACAAUGUGGUGGAUGAGGCUAACAGCUCGCAGGGCAGCCUAACGGAGCUCGUGUCGGAUAUAUUUAAGAUAAAUCAUGAUUAUUAUGGAACAGCUCUAUCAACACUGGCUAAGAGCGACAUAGCGGCAGUAGCAGAGGAGGCGAACGACAAACACCUAACGGCGUGGGCGGACAUCUGUCGGCGGUACUCGUUGGCGCACUCGCCGCUCGAGCCCAGCGCGCCGCCCGAGCUGCUGCUCAACAAACAGCUGUGUCUCGACGGCGGCGCACUGCGACAGUUGCUGACGCCGACUGUGCCGCGACCCACUGUGGAGUUGCUGCGACAGGUACUGGAAGAUUAUGCUUCAAUGGAACUUUUCCCCAAAGCGCUUAUACUAUGACCAAAUUAAUGUAAGUUUUUUAACAUAUUUUUGUAAAUCAAAACGAUGUGUGCUAUCUCAAAAUUAUGAUUUGUCUGUUUCGAAGAGAACCUUUACGCGGUGUAUAUCCACAAAACGAAAUCGUUUAAGUCAUGACGUAAUAAAUAAAAUGUGAAUGCUGUGAUAUACAAAAUUUUUUAAAUGAGAUUUAUAAGAUGAAAUUAUCAACAUUGAAAAUAGUUUUUAGGACUAGCGAUACCAAAUAGUAUUCGUUUUGGGUGUUCACUAAAGAACAAAAGAAUCUAUAAAAUAUCUAUAAAUUAAAAAGUACUUAAUAUGGGUACUAUAUUGUACUUCCAAAAUUUGUACUUAACUUUUACUGUGGCAUCUACAUUUUAUUUGCCCCUUCAUAAAAAAUAUAAAAGGCGCUCGAAGAUAUUUCGUUAUGAAUUUUGAUUGCAUUAUGUAUUUGUAACUUAGAAAUUAAGCCAAGAUAUUGUUACCGUAAUUUUUAAAGUAAAGUAUUUU